AUGGCAACCUCCUUGAUUUCCAAAAAAUUGCGCUUCGCCGAAAGCGAUCGUGAUGCCGAGCCCAGUUGGAUUCGCCGUCAGGUCACCGCUGGCCUUCAGUGCGUCUCUCGUCGGGCGUGUGUGCACCCGAUUCAUACCAUCGUCGUGAUUGCGCUGUUUGCCAGCACCACCUACGUCGGUCUGCUUGAAGGCAGUCUCUUUGACGCCUCACGCAACUCCCGGAAUGUUGCCGGACAAGUGGAUGUCGACACCCUACUGCAAGGAAGUCGAUCUCUUCGUCUGGGUGAAUCCACUGCCUGGAAGUGGCAGUCCGAGGAUGCCUGGUUGGACACCGUGCCGGCUACGCAGCCAGUUGCCAAUCAUCUCGCCUUGACUACCUUUGUCUUUCCGGAUUCCGACUCCAAGUCGGCCUCCACUCCCCCCUCUGUUGAGGAUGUUCCGGUUCCCUCAAAUGUCUCCGCCUACUCCGUCCCCCAUACUCCGAACAUGCUCUCGCCGUUCUCCCACGACUCUUCUCUUGUGUACACCGUGCCUUUCGAGCAGGUCCCCGAUCUUUUGAGGGCCGUUCAGGAAAUUCCCAAUCCAGUGGCGGACGAGACCCAGGAGGAGUCGAAGAAAUGGAUCAUGAAAGCUGCACGUGGCCCUACCGGAUCGCGCCUUGCCCUCAAGAUCUGGUUUACCGACAUGUGGAGCUCUUUCGUAGACCUGCUUAAGCAUGCCGAGACCAUCGACAUUGUUAUCAUGGCUCUUGGCUAUCUCUCGAUGCACCUGAGCUUCGUGUCUCUCUUCUUCUCCAUGCGCCGACUGGGAUCUAACUUCUGGUUGGCCACGACUGUGCUUUUCUCUGGUUCCUUUGCUUUCCUGUUCGGUCUCCUGGUGACCACCAAGCUUGGCGUGCCGAUCAACCUCCUUCUCCUGUCUGAAGGAUUGCCGUUCCUGGUUGUGACUAUUGGCUUCGAGAAGCCCAUCAUGUUUACUCGGGCUGUCUUGCGAGCCUCUGUGGACAAUCGCCGGCCUCGGCCUGACGCCGCCCCUCGUCCUUUGUCCUCGAGCACUCCCGGCUCCAUUCAAGACUCCAUUGCUACCGCCAUCAAAGCACAAGGGUUCGAGAUUGUUCAGCACUACUGUAUUGAGAUUGGUCUUCUUACCCUCGGUGCUGUUUCUGGCGUCCAGGGUGGUCUCCAGCAAUUCUGCUUCCUCGCCGCGUGGAUCCUGUUCUUCGACUGUGUUCUUCUCUUUACUUUCUACACCACAAUCCUGUGCAUUAAACUUGAGAUCACUCGCAUCAAGCGCCACGUCGCUCUGCGCAAGGCCCUUGAGGAGGAUGGUAUCACCCACAGCGUUGCCGAGAAUGUCGCCUCCAGCAACGACUGGCCCUCCGCCGGUGCCGCCGGUGCUGAAGCUGAAGCGAGCAUCUUCGGGCGAAAGAUUAAGUCGAGCAACGUGCGACGGUUCAAGUUCCUCAUGGUCGGCGGCCUCGUUUUGAUCAACGUCGUGAAUCUGUCUGCGAUUCCCUUCAGAAACGUUGGAAAUGGUGCUUUGAUCUCUCGUCUGUCCAACGUCAUGUCUCCUGCUCCUAUCGAUCCCUUCAAGGUUGCGGAAAACGGCUUAGACGCUAUCUAUGUGGCCGCGAAGAGCCAGCGACAAGAAACUGUGGUGACCAUCAUUCCCCCCAUCAAGUACAAGUUGGAAUACCCCUCCGUCCACUACGCGACCAAUGAAGACACGAGCUCGUUCGAGAUCGAGUACUCUGAUCAGUUCUUGGAUUGCCGUUGGUGGCAAGGUCCUCGAGAGUCUGCUCAAGAGUGUGGAGGAUCCCAUCAUCAGCAAGUGGAUUAUCGCCGCCCUGACUCUCAGCAUCAUUCUGAAUGGAUACCUUUCAAUGCGGCUCGCUGGAGCAUCAAAGGAACCGAGCCCGCCAAGAUUGCGCCCGAGGAGCCCGUGGCGCCCAAGGUUUACCCCAAGUUUGAGCCUAAUGAGGACAAGUCUACCCGAACCAUGGAAGAGUGCGAGCUGAUGCUGAAGGAAAAGCGAGCUCCUUACCUGACAGACGAGGAAUUGAUCUCCCUGUCCCUCAAGGGCAAGCUUCCUGGUUAUGCACUGGAAAAGACGAUGGAGAAUGAGGAAUUGAUGAGCCGUGUGGAAGCAUUCACUCGAGCUGUUAAGAUUCGCCGCGCUGUGGUUGCCCGCACCCCCUCCACCUCUGCCUUGACCAGCUCACUGGAACGCUCAAAGCUUCCUUACGAGCACUACAAUUACGGGUUGGUCCACGGUGCUUGCUGUGAGAAUGUGAUUGGUUAUUUGCCUCUUCCCCUUGGUGUUGCUGGCCCUCUGAACAUUGAUGGUCAAAAUUACUUCAUCCCCAUGGCCACAACGGAAGGCGUCCUCGUUGCCAGUACCAGCCGCGGCUCCAAAGCUAUCAAUGCUGGCGGUGGUGCGGUAACUGUCUUGACCGGCGAUGGUAUGACCCGUGGUCCUUGCGUGUCCUUCCCAACCUUGGCCCGGGCUGCCGCUGCCAAGGUUUGGAUUGACUCGGAAGAGGGCCGGAGUGUCAUCACUGCAGCCUUCAACUCUACCAGUCGCUUCGCCCGCCUUCAGACCCUCAAGACUGCCCUCGCCGGUACCUAUCUUUUCAUCCGCUUCAAAACCACCACCGGUGAUGCGAUGGGUAUGAACAUGAUCUCCAAGGGCUGUGAGAAGGCCCUCGAUGUGAUGUCCAAGGACUGCGGAUUUGACGACAUGUCUAUCAUCUCGCUCUCCGGUAACUACUGUACUGACAAGAAAUCCGCUGCGAUCAACUGGACCGACGGCCGUGGCAAGUCCGUUGUCGCCGAGGCUAUCGUUCCCGGUCAUAUCGUGAAGAGCGUUCUCAAGAGUGAUGUGGAAGCCAUGGUCGAACUGAACAUCAGUAAGAACUUGAUUGGUUCUGCGAUGGCAGGUAGCUUGGGUGGCUUCAACGCUCACGCGUCCAACAUUGUUUCCGCGAUCUUCCUGGCGACUGGCCAAGAUCCCGCGCAAAACGUUGAGAGUAGCAGUUGUAUCACCACGAUGAAGAACCGCAACGGAGACCUCCAGAUCGCGGUUAGCAUGCCGUGUAUUGAAGUCGGCACCAUCGGCGGUGGAACUAUCCUGGAGGCACAGUCGGCUAUGCUGGAAAUGCUCGGCGUGCGCGGUCCUCACCCCACUCAGCCGGGUGCGAACGCUCGUCAGCUUUCGCGUAUUAUUGCAGCCUCUGUGUUGGCUGGUGAACUCAGUCUGUGCGCUGCACUCGCUGCGGGUCACCUCGUCAAAGCUCACAUGGCUCACAACCGCAGUGCGGCACCGACCCGUUCCUCCACUCCCGUCUCCGCUGCCGUUGGUGCUGCUCGCGGUCUAUCCAUGACCUCUCAAUGA